AUGAGCAAUUACACCACGGUCUCUGAUGGCGUAGUAGUCACUGACAAUGGGAUCCCACCCCCGGCGAACUGGACAAACACUUACGAUGAUAUGGGCGGCGACAUGUUGUGGGGUCAAGGCGGUCAAUUGGAAGAUGAGGUUCGGGGUCGUGGCAUUGAAGGGGAUAUCAGGCCGCACUACGGUAUGGCGCCUUAUACGGGAGAAGCACUGUAUCUCUUCGAGGUUGGGAGUGGCCAAUUCUUCUUCUUCAAUGCUAUUGACGGAUCUAUGUUGCAGAUCAGGGAUCAGAGCGAUCUGCAAAGUAUUGUAACUAUCCUUGACGAUGACAAUCAAGGGCUACCUGCGCUUGACAUUGAGGAAAUUUAA